GUCUCCCUGUGCACAGACACUGACACACAUACUCACCAAUUCAUGUGUUGAUUCAAUGAGUUAAGGAUUACAGCAUCACUUGAACGCAUCACAUCAUCCAUUAAAUAGUCAUAUAUUUUUGUAAUUAUAUUUAUGUGUAAAUAACCAUUUUUUAAAUUUAAAUUUAUAUAUAUUGAUAAUUAAGUUAAUUAACUCAUGAAUUGAUGACAAAAUGGUAUUCAAUAUGAAAACAGUCGAUCAAAUUGAAAACAAUUUUAGUUUAGCUGAUUAUAGUGUUUUUGCUGCUAUGCUCUGUAUAUCCACAGCUAUUGGAGUGUAUUAUGCAUUUAAGAAGAAGAAUGCAUCGAAUAAGGAGUUCCUUACGGCCAACAAAUCGUUGUCUAUGUUUCCGGUGGCGAUGUCUUUGUUGGCCAGCUUUCAGAGCUCUGUCACUAUUCUCGGAUAUCCCGCAGAAAUGUUUUAUAGAGGAACACAAUUUUGGGCAGUUGUAUUGUCGGGAGCGAUGGCCUCCAUAAUAGCGGCGGAAAUAUUUCUUCCUAUUUAUUAUAAUUUACAAUUUACAAGUGUUAAUAAAUAUUUGGAGGAAAGAUUUGGCAAUGAAAAGGUACGGUUAGCUGUUUCCAUGUCAUUCCUAUUGUGUACCAUUCCAUAUAUGGGUGUUGUCUUAUAUGGACCCGCACUAGCACUGGCAUCAGUAACUCCUUUAAAUGUUUCAACAUCUGUGCUCAUAAUUGGAGGAAUUUGUACUCUUUAUACAUCAAUUGGAGGAAUUCGUGCCGUUGUUUGGACUGAUUUGGUUCAGGUAUUCCUAAUGUUUGGCGGACUCAUCGUUGUAAUGAUUCGGGCAUUUUAUUUGGUCGGUGGUGUAGAACAGGCAUUCAGAAUAGCCAAUCAAAAGGGAAGAAUUCAAUUCUUUAACUUUCAGAUCGAUCCGUACUCGACAUCUACUUUCUGGAAUGCGGUGUUUGGUAUGGGUAUCAUGUGGUCCGGCAAUUAUGCCACGAGUCAGACGGAAGUACAACGAUAUUGUAAUGUUGAGUCUCAAGCAAAGGCUAAGCUAUCUCUAUAUGUGAAUCUCAUAGGAAUGGUAUUACUGAUCAGCUGUGCCUGUCUCUGUGGUAUUUCUAUAUUUGCUUACUAUAGUGAUUGCGAUCCAUUGACUUUAGGACUCAUUAAAAAGACCGAUCAGUUGAUGCCAUACUUCGUGAUGGAUCAGUUGACAAUAAUGCCAGGAAUGCCCGGUCUGUUUGUUGCCUGUGUUUUUAGUGCAUCGCUCAGCACUCUAUCGUCGGGUUUUAAUGCCUUAUCUGCCGUCACUUACGAUGACUUCUUGUGUCGAUAUCCAUGGAUUCAAAGACAGUCAGAAGUGAACUCAAGAAGAAUAAGCAGAGCUCUUGCAUUCAGUUACGGACUCAUUGCUAUUUGUAUGGCAUUUGUUGUCAGCAGUAUUGACAGUGUCUUACAGGCUGCCAUUUCAAUAGCGGGUGCAUUGGUUGGCCCAAUGUUUGGACUCUUUCUUUUAGGAGUGUUAUUCCCAUUUGCCAACACUUUUGGAGUUCUUUGCGGACUUUUUACUGGAGAAUUGUUCGGGAUUUGGGUUUUGGUUGGAUCUCUUCUAUAUCCUAAAGGACAGCAUUUUAUGGAGACAUCGGUGACCAACUGUCCCAAAGAUAUGUUACAGAAUAUAACAUUAAUAACAAGAGAACCAUUGGUUCAAUCGGAAGGUCUACUGAGUCUCUAUCACAUCGCUUAUCUAUUAGUUCCUGUUUCUGGUUUUGUUAUAAGUGUUUCUGUUGGAGCCAUUGCUAGUCUAUUAUCAGGCGGGUAUUCAGAGGCAUCAAAAAUAAAUCCGAAGUUAUUGUCGCCAUUAGUUUGGAAGAUAUGGUCGACAAAGUAUUUGCCAGAGAAACAACAGAUAGUAAUUAUAGAGAGACAGAGUCUAACAUAUGAAUCUGAAAUCAAGUUAACUAAAAAUAAUGACUCAAACGGAAAGAGAGAUUCAAUUUGUUCAACGACUCGAUUAUAA